AUGGAAACAUAGCAUUCUGUCCUUGCUAGCCACCAUCUUUGACAGUUAGCAAACCUGGCCACCUCCUUAGCUCUGCUGUACUUAGUUUUAGCUACGCUGUCAAUUGGAGUUUUGUUUCAAAACAGAAGCAGAGUUGAAUUUCUGAAAACCCAAUUUUUAAAGAAAACUACUGUUUUCAGGGUAAAAUUAAGAUUUCCCUGUACAGGGAUAGAUAGCUUUUACGUUUUAAUGUAUGCUCUACCUGAAUAAAACGAGUAGAGUAGGUGCAUAAGAAGUGAAAAUGGCUGAAGGUGGGAAUGAUCGCUAUUUUUAUUCUCCGUAUGCACAGCAAAACUACAGCAACAUCUUGUGUUUCUGGGAAACGCAGCCAUUAGGCUGUGUGAGGAUCAGUUGCAUCUUCCAUCAUAGCAAACCUCGUAAUAUAAAUGGACUUUUUCUGCCACCUAGUAACAAUACUAUAUUUCAACAGGAAGGCCAAGAAGGAAUUUUGAAUUCAGCCCAUAGUCAAGAAUCGCUCAAAAUUCAGGAGGCUUUUUUAAGACCAAUUCACCCUCCAGUGAUUGUAGACCUCAGCCAUGAUGAGGACGAUGAAGAGGAGGAUGAAAAAGAGGAUGAAGACAACAGGAAUAAUAUUUCUGAUUCGUUGGAAAAGACUGCUGAAGACAUUGAAGAGGAAAGAGCAAUAAAGGAAAUGUGCUAUAAAUCUGGAGAAUAUUAUAGGAUUCAGUACCCUCAGGAACACCAGUCAACAGAAAUGAUAUCUCCAUCUCCAUCUUUGGAAAAUGAACAAUUACCAAUGGAAACCAUCGAGCAUGAUUUGUGGAAAGGUGACAGUAAUACAAUUCCUACAAAAUUUAAUAAUGUGGAAAGGGAGAGAGAGACUUCAGGAAGGAAAGUAUCAGUGCAGUGUAUUAGCAGAACACAUGAUAAAUCCUAUGAAAAUGAAGGAGGUGAUUAUUUUGCGGCACAGAGAAACAAAUAUGCUAAUGGACAAAGAAGUGAGGCACAACCUUUUGAAAAAACACCAACUGCAUCAAAGUAUUCAAAUAUAAAAGCAACAAACAGCUCUGAACGGGUGAGGAAAUACCACUUCAAAGGAGUAAAGAAAAAGAAAUGGAUUUCUGAGGAGCAAAGAAACUCACCUAAUACAGGAACAGGCAAAGGAGUUCCCACUUCAUACUCAAAAGUCACAACAAAUUACCAACGAAAUUAUCAAAGGAAGGAUGAUGAAAAUGCUUCUUCCAUUCAUUCUGUGAGACAGACUGAAAGAAACAGUUACUUCAAUUCUGCAGAACCUCGAAGGUCAGCGUAUGUGUUCUACCGUAAUACCAGAGUCAUACAGGAACCAAGGUUUAAUGGAUAUACAGACAAGUAUUCUUCAGGAUCUUACAAUGCACCAACUUGGAGAAAAAGAAAUCCACAUGCAAAGACAUUCUCUAGGUUUAAAACAACCAUUCAGAACAAAGCAGAAAUGGAGAUGAAGAAAAAAGGAGAAUGAUUUUUAUGCAGCAGAAAGAUAUGAAGCCAAUACUUCAACUUUGAAGAAAAAUUUAAGAGGAAAAUCACAACUGGACACAAAAAUGAUAAAAUAAGAUGCAGGAAGUACACUCUAACAUUCAAAAAUGAUAAAAAAUAUAUAUUAAAAGUAUGUUCUGUAUGCGCACCUAUAAAGAUCUUCAGUCUGCUCACAAAAUUUAAUCUGCUUUGAAAAUUUGGCAGUUGAAAUGAUUUUUUUUACAGACUUCGGCUAUAUACUGGAAGACUGGUAGUAAAAGAUCCUUAAAAGAUCCUGUCUGUUUUGUCAGACAGAUGCUUUAAUGCACAAUUAUUAAUAUGAAUAGAUAUUAUUAGUUGUACUUGGCAGUUUCAUAGGACUUUGAAUGUAAGCAGCAAUACUGAUGCAUUCUAGAAGAUGUCUGUGUUGUUGUGAAAGACAGAUUCAUAGAUGACAUAAUUGUUUGCUUGAUAUUCAGGGGCUCAGUCUGAGUUUGACCUUGAUAUUUCACCAUUUUUGCAAGAAUUAACUGAAAUAUGUUUCUACACAUAUUUUAAACAGAUGUACAAAAGAUUUGAUAAAGACAGAUAUUUUAAUAUUGCUUUCUGAAAAACCAAACUGUCUAAAUGUUUGUAAUGAACAACAGCUUACUGAUAUUUCCCUAGAGGACAUAAAUUUGUUACAACACCUGCUCUUCAUUUCAGUGAUCUUUGUUGUUGUUGUUCUGCACAAUGUAUCAGUUUGGUUUCUUACCUGUAAAAAGGAGAGAAUGGGAUUUGAUCACCUUCAUUCUGUGCUUAAUUCAGUAUAUCAAACGUUAAAGGGCAGUGUGUGAAAAUAUAUUGACUGCCACACCAGAAGGCAAAUGUAAACAGGAAAUAGAGCCCAAAAGAGGAUCUUUAGAAGAUUAAGACAAAUGCACUCAAAAGGUCAGAAUACCUUUGCAUAACUGUGUGCCAUGUAACAGAAAGAGAUGUGUUUCAAAGAGAGUUAAGAGAAAGAAAGCCAGGCAAAAAAUUAUCUGUUAUACAUAGAAGUCAGUAGCCAAUGAAUGUGCCUAGUACUGAAUAGUUACAUAUGUAUGAAAUUAUUUCUUUAUCUCAAACAUUUUUCCUUUUUUAAUUUUUUUUUUGCGUUUACAUGACCCUCGUUCAUUCUUAGAACAUAGUUUUGGAUUAGAGCCCCUCAAACUUUUAUGGGGAGUGCUGUGGUCCAGUGGCAGCGACAGCUGUGAAUAUAAAAGCAUUUUGUUUCCUUGCAACAUUUGCUUCAUUUUGACUGAACAUGAAAUUGUAUCAGAUAGCUUCUAGGGUGCCUUCUAGUUAACAUUACUAUAUUGUUCUAUGAGAAAUAUUGUCAUACUUUACUGAAAAUAUCUUGCAAAAACAGGGUCAUGGCAAACGUUUAUAGCUUUUAUGUAAUUUUUAAUAAUAUGAAUGUUAAAAAUGCUGUAAUUAUUGCAGUUGAGCAUUGCUUUCCUUAACUGAGAAUAGAUUGCCUAUUUUAGCUGAGAUACUGAAAACGUAAAAGACACGAAACAUCUUUUUAAAAUCAAUUACUAAACGUACUGAAAAUGUCUCCCUCUCUCUAAUUAAAUACUGGAUUUUCAAAUUGUAGCACACAGUGCCUUGCAGCAACGUUCUGUCUGCCUGAGGCAUCUUAAAAUCUUGAUUUGGAGGGCUAUUCUGCCCAGAUACUUUUUAAUACCUUGAAAAAUACUUUUAUUCUCAUUUUUUCUCUAUCUAAAUGUAAAUCUUACAUUUAGUGAUUGUUCAAUCUCUCUGUAGUUUACAGUAUUAUAUUUAACAGGACAAUAAAUUGAGCAGGGCUCGAUUAUUAUUCUGGUCUGUUCUCUUUUUCUUUUUUUUUUUUUUUUCACUUAGUGAAAAAGGAUUUCAAUAUUUAACUUUUGCAAUUUCAUAUUUUUAUUUUUUGUUUGGUUUUGAGUAGCAGAGCAAAGUUCUUACUAUACCUUAAUUUUAUUGUCUAGUACAGUUAAUACUGUUUGCUUGUGCAGGUGUUAAGACUAUUGAUUUUCCUUAUCAAUGUACAAAAAGUGGAAUUUUGAGGUGUUAUUGCAAUUAGUAACAGUCUGUUUGCCUCAAACUUACCCAAAAUUACUAGAAAGAACAGAUGGGGAUAGAAUUUCAAUGUUGCCCAGUGUUCCAGCAUUAAGUAAUAACAGAGUAGACAGUGCAACAUUUUUAGACUUCCCUGGUAAAUUCAUACUUAAUGAAAUGUGUUGGGAGUACUGAAUGGUGUAGAAAAAAUAUCAUUAUGGCUGACAUAAUUUGGAUUUGAAGCAGUAACAAAGUCAGCUCCCAGUCUCCAAAUUUAUGAACAGUGAAUGGGAAGUAAGUUGGUUUAUUACUGUAUGUAUUUCCAUCCAAAUCUGAGAAAUCAUUAUGACAUCUAUAAACAUAAAUAUUCCACUUGAUUCUCUCACUUAAUCGUAUUUAAACCAAUAGAGCAGUGCCAAUCUGUGUAUUUAUUAUAGUUCUGAGAUAACAUAAAAGGAAAUGAGUCUUAACCCUGUUUUCUUUUACUGGAUAAAAACAACCAGUGACCAAAAGACAGAGUUUAGAGGAGUCUAAUGGUCAGCCACCUGGAGUACAGGCUGUGCUGUAAUGUGUAGCGUUGUUUCUAUAGUAUGUUUAAAACACUGUGUAUAUUUGUGAGUAUGAAAUAAAUGCAUCUAAUAAAAAUGAA